AUGGACUCCGACGACGAUAUUCAACUCCCACCACCGCGGCCCGCCAUCACGUUGGACGACUCCGAUGAUGAUUUACCGCCACCCGCCGCCCUCCAGGCAAAUAAUAAACAACAACAACAACAAACAUCAACAUCAUCAACAACUGUAAAGUCUGCGGCUGUUCCUAUUGCAGUAACACCUAAAGGAAUAACAUCUGCACAUAAUGGGAAUGGCGUAUCUAAAUCAGGAAAUGGAAAUGGAAAUGGUUCGCCACUGACAACAAUGGGAAAGAAAUCACUAUCAGGAUCUGUAAAUGUGCAAGAUACAGCACAACAGCAGCAGCAGUUAUUACAAUCCCCUACAGAUUCAAAAGUAAAAGUGGUUCCUGCGAAAGUAUAUAAGGAGGGUUUUCUGUUGAAACAACAACCAAGUUGGCCUUACAGUAAUCAAAAACGAUAUUGUGUACUUAAAAACUGCAAACUGUACUAUUUUGACUCUCAAGAAAGUAUGAAAGAGGGUAGACCACAGGGUGUAAUUGAUUUAAGUAACGCCAAACUUGUGGAUCCAGGAAAUGAUGCGAAACUACCGUCUAACUUUGGCAUUCAUGUGGAAGGCGAGCGUCCUGCAGAGGGAGGCAACAGUAAUGGGAAUGGGAAUGGAAAUGAUAAUAAUAAUAAUAAUAAUAAUAAUAAUAAUAAUAAUAAUAGGAAACAACGAACGUUUAUAUUUGCUGUUAUGCACGCUCACGAGUUGGGUGAGUGGAAGGCGGCCAUUCAAGCUGUUGUUGGGGAUGUUGUGGAGGAAGAGGAAACACAUUGGUUUGAAAAAAUGGUCCAAGGUAUUUUUUAA